ACAGUUUUCAGAUCCGUUGUUUUUUUUUCCAAGAAAAAGUGCAAUUAUGCCACCAAAAAGAAACGUUGGGAAGGCUGCCCAGACUUUACAAAUUGGGCUUGGUAAUGGCAGUCCAACACACUCAGAAGGGGAGAAUGAGCCAGUCAUUCCACCACCGUUGUCACCAAUACUUGGGGAGCAUUCUUUUUUCAAUCCUACUUUCAACAAGGAUAGUGAAUUUGGAGAUGAUGUUGCUCAAUCUGGUGAUUCCCUUGUGAAAGCUAAUCUGGCUCAUAAUUUGGCUCAAAGUGUAGCCCAAAAUGUAGCCGACAUGCGGCGAUCCAAUGAAGAAAGUAACAGAAUCUGGCGCAAGCAAAAUGCAAAAAAUUGGAGAGCUUUCCAAGCUGAAAUGGAACGAAUGCAAGAAGCAUUUCGAUGUGCCGGAAUUGAACCUCAGCCACAAGUAGCAAAUCUUCAAAGAAUUCAGUUUAUACUUGGAGGCAGAUGGAAGAUCUUUUUCACAUCCAGUUCUACCGCAGUGAGCCAAAAGUGUCCAUGGCAGAUUUAUCUCGUCUGGUGCAGCGACCUGGAGAAACAUCUGAGGCCUUUCUUGCUAGAUUUCGGAAGGGCAGACUUAAGUGCAGAGUUGCCCUGCCAUAACAAGAAUUUUUCAAGCUGGCACAAAAUGGAUAAAAUCGACAAGGGAAUUCUGCAUUUUCUAGAUAAGGCCAAAGAAACUAUGGGAGUUGAUGCAGAUCCAUUCCCUACCAUGUCUGUUGAGGUGAACGCGGCAGAUCUCAAGAGCAUUGUCAGGGACAGAACUCAAACAUAUUAUAGGCGCAGACUUGUAGCUGAUGAUCUGAGGUGGGUCAUUGAGGAGGCCAGGGCCCGCAAAAAUCAGGUUAGAUCAGGUUCAUAUCGAAGGAGACAGCCCGGGGGGCAUAACCCAACUCAACAGAAAAAUAAUGCAAGUCAAGGAACUGCGAUAUAUGGACGCGCAGAAAAGCCCAAAAUGGUAAAACCACGACCCAGAACUCCAACCAAACGGUGGGAACGUGUGGUGCAUCCAAAAUUUCCUAAGGGUCAAAACCCAAGGACCUUGAGGAGGCGUUUACAACGCAAAAGGGCAGCAGAAAGACACCGACAGCAGAUUGCAGACUCGGGGGGCAUGGCAGAUCAGGCACAGCCACUCCCAAUAAGAAGAAAAUUAGUGUGGGUCCGUAAAGAAAAAGGGAGCACAUUUGGUCAAAAUUCUCCAGAAAAGGAAGAACCACCCAAAAUUCCAACAUCACCUCAAGUUCUGGCUGUGGAAUCCAAUGAAGAAAUUGGUUUGAAGGCGAAGUUUGACGUGUCAGAUAAAGCGAAAAAUUCAUCAGAUGUAAUAUGUUUUGGUGAGUUUUCUGUGAAUCUAUCUUGCUUGGUGAUCACUCUUCCUUUGGUCUUUCAAGCAAGAGAGCAGCCAGAAUAUGCAGUCUGUCACCAGACAGAUUUGACUGAGGAAGAAGAAGUCAUUAAGAUUCCAGCUAAGGAAGAUGGUGGCAUGGAUUCAGCAGAUAAAAUCAUUUUUGAAAAACCAGAAGAGAGGAUGGCCAAGCACAUCAGGCCAUUAUACAUUCAUGCACAUCUAGAUGGUAUGCCGAUAAAUCAAGUUCCGGUUGAUAAUGGAGCAGCUGUCAAUGUUUUUCCAACUUGUAUUCUGCAAAAAAUUGGCAAAUCUUUGGGUGAUUUAAUGGAGACAGAAGUGACAAUCAGUGACUUUACUGGUGGAGUAAAUUGCUCAAGGGGAAUUCUGCCAGUGGAACUUACCGUUGGAAAUAGAACUCUCAUGUGUGCAUUCUUCGUGGUUGACACCAUUGCCACUUAUAAUGCAUUGCUUAGGAGAGAUUGGAUACAUUCCAGCUGGUAUGUUCCUUCAACUUUGCAUCAAAAAUUGAUAUUCUGGAAUGCUGGCAGAACUGAAGUCAUGACAACAGAUGACAAGCCGUUUGUGGCAAAUACCAAUGUAGUGGAAGCCCGUUAUUAUGAUGAAGAUAUUGGCACUAUCCGUUUCUUUGGGAUGGACCGCUAUGGCAGACCUUCUGGAAUUACUGCUUGCACCAGAUCUGCAAUGGACAGACAAACUGUGAAGGAGGAAGACUUUAAGGAUCAAAUAACACUAGAGGAAUUAGAUCUGGCACCAGCAAAACUUGAUGAUCUGAAGGCAGAAGUACAAGAUGGAGAAGGUCUAGACAGAAAUCUGGUGCAGUACAGAUUACCAAUCAGAGAAGAUUUAAAGCCUUUUAAACAACCGCCUAAACGAAUGUCUCCAGAAGUCACCUUAAAAGUUAAAAAAGAGAUAGAGCGGCUGUUGAAGAAUGGCAAGCUGAGAAUCUGUGUAGACUUUAGAAAUCUGAAUCUGGCAACACCAAAAGAUGAAUAUCCUAUGCCUAUUGCAGAUUUAUUGGUGGAUGGUGCAGCACGCCACCGAAUUCUGUCAUUCAUGGAUGGCCACAGUGGAUACAACCAGAUUUUUAUAGCAGAAGAGGACAUUCCAAAGACCGCUUUCCGCUGCCUAGGAGCUAUUGUGCAGCUUUUGAAGGAAUUUGAUGAUGUAAUCUUGAGACAUGUUACUCGAGAUCUGAACACAGAAGCAAAUGAGAUGGCACAAAUCGCCUCAGACUUAAAAAUCCCAGAAGGCGUGAUGAGCAGAAUUGUUGUUGUGGAAAAACGAAUUCUGCCAUCUAUUCACAUGCGUGGUAUGGCAAUUUCUGCUUGUUCCAUAGACGUAACCCAGACAGAUUGGCGCUAUCCGAUCAUGGAAUACCUCAAAAAUCCAAAUUUUAAGGCCUCAAGAAGAACAAAAAUGCAGGCCUUGAAUUAUGUUUUGCUGGAAGAUGUUCUUUAUAGAAGAGGACAUGAUGAAUUACUUCUACGCUAUCUUGGUCCAGAUGAGUACUGCCAGAUUAUGUCAGAUGUGCAUAACGGAAUAUGUGGUGCACACCAAGCUGGAAUUAAGAUGAGAUGGCUAAUUCGUAGACAUGGAUUCUUUUGCCCAUCAAUCUUGAAAGAUUGCAUCAGCUAUGCUAAAGGUUGCAAAGCCUGCCAGAUUCAUGGACCACUGCAGAGAGUUCCAACGUCAGAACUCCAUCCAAUCGUCAAACCAUGGCCAUUUCGAGGAUUCGGUUUGGCAGAAACAGUGACUUCAGAUCAAGGGACAGUUUUUGUUGGUGCACAAGUUGAAGCAUUUGCAAAAGAAAUGGGAUUUAGGUUACUCACUUCAACCCCUCAUUAUGCUCAAGCCAACGGUGAAGCUGAAGCUUCUAACAGAAUUGUGAUAAAUCUGUCAUGUCCCACUGGGGAAAUGAGGACUUUCCCAACGACCCUUUCCUUCCUCACGGUCGACCUCUUUGCAGAUGGCGGGAAGAACAUUGGAUUAAAAUCGAAAAUGCGCCUUCAGACGAUUUGCAAAAGAGAGGGAUACCUUCCUGCAGAUUGCAAAGAAAAUCAAAGUAUGAAAAUUUGCAGUUGUUUGAGUAAGGCUGGCCGUCGUUCUCCUUUCCAAAAUUUCCUUUUUGUUCUUCUUGUGCCGGCAGCAACUUCCACUUCUACAGUUACUCAAUCAUAGGUGGUUUUUUGAAGUAGUUGGACACCUCAUCUUUUGACCUAGUCUAAUCCCCUUUCAGAUUUUGCCACAUGUACUCUUAUCAAAUAAAACCCCCUUUUUAACUGUGAUCUUCUCCUAUUUUUCAGCUCUCAUUAUCCCUUUCUGUAUCAAGAAGAUAAUUACUCCAUAAAAACUUAUCUUUACC